AUUACACUAUAUACAGUCCGUUAACCAGACACUAACAAAACAAUUACUAUAACAAUAACAUCAUUAACAUAAUACAAUAAGUACGGAACACAUGAAUUACGUGUUUUGUCCAAAGAAUAAGAAUGCCUCCGACAAUAGAUUCGCAACAUACGUUUGAACGGCGUUCCUAUAGAAAUUAUUAAAAGUUUUCACUUAUUUGUUUUCUUCCUUUUACGUGACAUCCGCAUAUUGUUUCUAUACUGAUAUAAACACACGGAAUGACCAAAAUGCAAACAUUGUCAUAAACGACAUCAAUUUUAACUCAUCUUUUUGCGUUCAUUUAUACUUAGUACUUUAUAAAAUGGUGUCCAAGUCUCCAAUUGUCAUAAUAUGCAUUUUUGCAAUAGUCCAAAUGGCUUUUUGCGCGCUACCAACCAAUUUUGAAAUGCCAUCCAAUGGUGUUUUGCCCAGCCCUGUGAAGUAUUUUGAAAAUGCACAGUAUGGAAAUAAAACUAAUGUAGAGCGCUCGCACGAACCUAGAUUUGGAUACAUACCAUCGUCAUUUAGUAGUGGAUUAUCCGGCGGAGUAGAUGGAUUUCAUGGUAAUACAUUAAGUUAUGGACCACAAAAUUUUGAUAUCGGUGGACUUAUUGUAGGUGCAGUAGUAGGUCUAGGUGUUUUGAUACUCAUACCUAAGUUAAUAUAUAUAUUCUUUUCGGCAACCAACAUUUUUGGAGGAAUCAAAGGCGGUUACCCACAUGGAUACGGAAGAAGUGACGAUAUCAUCCCUGGAAUAAGUGAAUUAGUGAAGAAAUUUGAAGAAUCUAUGGAUAAAUACAGCAUAAACACAACUGAGUGUAUGCAAAAAGCAUUAUGUACUUAUGUACAAUCAAACACGAAUCUCAAAGGGAGAUCCGGAGAAGUAGAUAAUUUUAUUAAUAGUGCUGUUAAUACAUUAAUUAAAAGUUCUAUGACUAAUUUUAUCAUAGAUGGUUCUAAGUUUAAGUCUGCAUUAGAAAAUGGAAAAAAUGGAGACUGUGGACAAGUGUACACCCAAUGCCCAUUUAAUCAAGAAAGUGUAACUAGAUUUUUAAGGCAGAUAUCAUCUAAAAUGUAAUUAAUAUUUUAAAAGUUGUAAUUUAGUUAUCCAAAUAACGUAAAUGAAGUAAUUAAAUAAAACUAUUAUGAUAAGUGAA